CACCCCCAUUUAAUUAAAUUGCUGUUUUUUUCUCAUUUCCAGACGGCAUUGAUUGGCACGUUACGUCGGUAUUGAUAACUUUAAAAAAAAAAAAAGUCAAGUGCAAUGUCUCGGUUUGAAAUAUUCCGGGACUUGACAUCUGCACAGCUCGCACUUGUUUCGUCGCUCCGUUUCUUUGUUUUUGGCACGUUAUUCCGCAUUAUCUCUCUCGAUCUUCUUUCUUGUCAUUCUUGCUCUUUUCGCUCCGCAUUUCUCGUUUGCUUCGCUUAGUUUGGAUGACUUUUUUUUUUUUGGGGAGGGGGUGCUGCUGCUACUGCCGCUGAUGGGGCGGAUAGAGAAUGGUAAUCAAAGCGUGUGAACGGAGGGAAUCCAGCCCAGAUAUUUAGUGCAGCCAGUGAGGAGAAAAAAAAAAAAAAAAGCUCUUCAAUAUUCCCCAAGAUGGCCGCCGAUGUGGGAUCGAUGUUUCAAUAUUGGAAGAAAUUUGAUCUACGGCGGCUUCAGAAAGAGCUCAACUCGGUGGCAUCGGAGCUGGUGGCCCAGCAAGAAGAGAGCGAACAUUCCCACAAGCGUCUGGUCGAGCUCAGCCGGGAGUUCAAGAAGAAUGUACCAGAGGAAAUUCGUGAGAUGGUUGCACCUGUCCUCAAGAGCUUCCAGGCACAGGUGAGUGCCUUCUUCUCCAAGUUUACGUCAAGUGGGAAAUGUGCCAGAUCCGUAACCUGGGCAAGUGGGAAUACAGCGCAGUGUUGAGUGCGGCCUCUUCUCUGAAACUUUGUAUUCAUGUAUUCAUGGGUUGUGUUUUUUUUACUUUCCUUAUAAUUUGACGUCACCCACUAAUUGCAGCAGA